AACACUUUUUGUUUUCUCAAUUAGUAAAGCACAGGCUACAGACAAUUAAUGCUCAAACCACAUGGCUUUCUCAACCAACCUAAUUUUCCUCCCUUUUCUUCUCUUCCUCUCUCCCCUGCCCAUCCAUGCAGCUUUAGGUGAGAUUGUAUGUGAGCAUUUGCCAAAUGACGUUUGCGCCUUUUCGGUAUCGUCUUCAGGGAAGAGCUGUUUGCUGGAGACAAUGUCGAAGCAAGAUGGAACCCUACAAUACCAAUGCAGGACAUCAGGAGAGGUGGUGGAGACGAUGGCUGAAUAUAUAGAAAUGGAUCAGUGUGCCAAGGCAUGUGGUGUUGAUAGGAAGUCUCUUGGGAUUUCCUCUGAUACCCUCCUUGACCCUUACUUCCUCAAUAGGCUUUGCUCCCCUGCUUGCUACGAGAAAUGCCCAAACAUUGUUGAACUUUACUUCAAUAUGGCCGAAGGAGAGGGAGUAUUCUUGCCUUAUAUCUGUGAGCAAGAACGUUCCAAUCCUCACAGAGCCAUGAGCGAACUUUCGAGUUCUGGACCUAGUUAUGCUUUUUCUUAUGGUCCAGAUUCAAAAGAAAUACCAAGUAAAGUUCAAGACACUUUUACCCAUGCUUCCUCCCCUAGUCCGUUUUCAAAAGACGCAUCAAGAAAAUUUCAUGAGACUUUUGCCCCUAAUUCUGCCCAUGGUCCGAUUUCAAAAGAAAUAACAAGAGAAUUUCAUGAUACUUUUGCCCCUGCUUUCGCCCCUGGUCGGGCUUCAAAAGAAAUAACAAGAAAUUUUCAUGACACUUUUGCCCCUGCUUUCACCCCUGAUUCGUUUAUAAAAGAAACAUCAAGAAAAGUUCACGACACUGUUGCCCCUACUUUCUCCCAUGGUCCAGUUUCUAAAGAAAUGUCAAGAACAUUUCAUGACACUUUUGCCCCUGGUUCAGUUUCAAAUGAAAUAUCAAGAAAAUUUCAUAACACUUUUGCCCCUGGUCCGGUUUCAAAAGAAAUAUCAGGAAAAUUUCAUGACACAUUUGCCCCUGGUCCAAUUUCAAAAGAAAUAUCAGGAAAAGUUCAUGACACUUUUUCUCCUGGUCCGAUUUCAAAAGAAAUAUCAGGAAAGUUUCAUGACACUUUUGCCCCAGGUCCAAUUUCAAAAGAAAUAUCAGGAAAAUUUCAUGACACUUUCGCCCCUGGUCCGGUUUCAAAUGAAAUAUCAAGAAAAUUUCAUGACACUUUCGCCCCUGGUCCGAUUUCAAAAGAAAUAUCAGGAAAGUUUCAUGACACUUUUGCCCCUGGUCCAGUUUCAAAAGAAAUAUCAAGAAAAUUUCAUGACACUUUUGCCCCUGGUCCGGUUACAAAGAAAAUGUCAAGUAAAUUUCAUGACGCCUUUCCCCCUAUUAUGAAAUCAAGAAAACUUCAUCCUUAAUUUUUUUUUUUCCCUGCUUUCACUCAUGGUCCUGUUAUGAAAUCAAGAAAAUUUCAUCCUUCUCUUUCCCUUGCUCCCUCUCAUAGCCAUGUAUAUGUGCCGUGUUGUGUGGUUUCUUCAAAUAAUUUCCUUUCGAGUGUAGGUAGCGAGGAAAAUUAUUUGUGCGGGAAAAGGUAAUUUUUAGUCAGAAAUUAUCAGCCAUAUAAACAUAUAUGGAACAGUAGGAAAUAUGGAUUCGUUUUCUUUUUGGGGUUGGGGAAUGUUGUGGUUGCAGCAUUUCAAUUCUA